CCGUACGUCUUUCUGUGCGCGCCUCUCUCUCUCUCUUUCUCUACGUACGAUCUACACGCAACCGUAAUCCUGCACAUUGAAGGGUGACGGUAGCGAUAGAUUCCUCGAGAAAUCGAAAGGACGAGGCCGAGUUGGUCGCUUGCCGGCCGUCACGCGUUUAGAGAUUAGGUAACACGGCAGGUCUGGACUGUCCGAGUCAUUCGUUGCAUGGCGGAGACGACAUAUCUCUCGCUGACCUCUCGUUGCUUCACGGUGCAUGGCCACAGAGGCCCGAGGGCAUUAUCCGUGGCUACACUACCGUUGAUGAAUGCCGAGAUACUGGCGGUGGUGCAUAGUUUCUUCCGAUAAAACCGAGCGUGGUACCCUUGGCUGGAACGUAACCCGUUGCUGUAAAUUCCGCAUACCAGGUCCCAAGUUGUUGCUAGCUAGCGAACGAUGCGCCGUAGAAUCAUUAAUAUAUUUGCGAUAACGCGUGGACGAUAACGAGAUAGUCAGCAAGUGAGAGACAGUGUCAAUAGAUAAAGUAACGCGCAGUACAUACCACCGUUCGUAUGGUACAAAAUUAUCUUUAAAUUCCUUUCGAUCCGUCCAAGCUCGACGGCGGUUGUAUUUGCUAAGUUUGCCAAGUCAGAACUCUCGUUUCAUGAGAUCAUAGAUGGCACCACUAUAACCACUCUGAGUCAAUUAACAAAGUAGAUACAAUCCGAAUCCUCUGUACCGCAUCAGCGUUAUUUUUGUUAACGUGACGAAAAGAGAUGAACCGUUAAGAAAACCUCCACAAACAUUCGUCUGAAAUUUCGAACGCGUAAUGUUGCAGUCGACUUACGUCACUUCGGAUAAUCGUUGCAGGUACGCGCGAUUCUAUCGUCACACGUUCCGCUAAUUCUUCUUCGUUGACCUGCGCGACGCUAACAAGUGUCGCGUCAGAAUUCUCCGUUACGUCAUCGUUCCGCUAUCGUAUCUCGCGGCGAACACCGUCUCGCGUUAUCGUUCCCAAUUUUCGCUGAAAUUCCACGGUGUCGUGAACGUCGAAAAACAGUUGUUACGCGUCAGCGCGCAGCUGGUCUGGUUAUUGUCCGAAAUGCAGCCGUAGCCGCGUUCAGAAAUAGAGUCUCGCGUCGCAUUCGCGCGAGUCGUAGCCGCGCGGGUUAGCUCUGCAUCCCAGGAGAAAAAAAAAAAAGAGGCCGAGACGUAACGUAGCUGUCGCAGCGAAGAAAUAGGAAACGUCCUUGCAGGGUCGUCGAAACGCGAGUCACGAGAGAGAAAGUCGGAGUCGGUUUGAAUCUAGAGAUCCCCAACGCCUGAUUCGCAAUACGCCACCAUGAAUUGGACACUGAGCACAGUUGGCAACGCGAUGAAUUUUAUUUAUAACGAGCACGUGUCGCCCGCUGUUAGGAAUUUCCUGCCGUUCGUCAAUCGAAGGGUGGACGACCUCUACAGGUUCAUUCAUGCGUGGGUUCCGUCGCUUUAUGGAGAACUCGACGAGAAUUACUGGCGGGAGCGGGGCUACAUCCUGUCGGACACGGACACCGAUUUGUCGCCCGAAUUGUCUCCCCACGAACCCGGCGAAGGCGGCGAAUCGACGGAGGAGGGCAAAGCUCGUACCCAGGACGGCGACGAAAUCUCGGAGCUGACCAGAGAGUCGUGGGAGCUGAUCAAGGCCCCCUACGUAAAGCUGUACAGCAUCCUGAAGACGUCGAGUACGUCGGCGGAUUCCGAGCAGAUCCAGGACCCGGAGGUACUGUCUAUGAGCGAGGAGCUCAGGCGAGCUUUGUACGCCAACAGUGCCGUCUCCUUGGACAACGACGUGAUCGUGCCAGACUUGGUUGGCACUACAGAAAUCCUCAGCGACGAGCACAGAGAACAGCUGUGCCGGCACUUACCCGCUAGGGCGGAGGGCUACCUAUGGACCCUGGUCUUCAGCACCAGUCAGCACGGAUUCAGUCUCAACAGCAUGUACAGGAAGAUGGCCAAAAUAGAGAGUCCUAUUCUCCUGGUCAUCGAGGACACCGAAGGCAACGUGUUCGGAGCAUUGACAUCCUGCGCUUUGCACGUUAGCGACCACUUUUACGGAACCGGAGAGUCCCUCCUCUUCAGGUUUACGCCCAGGUUCCAAGCCUUCAACUGGACCGGCGAUAACUUGUACUUCAUCAAAGGCAACAAUGAGAGUCUUGCCAUAGGCGCUGGAGAUGGCAAAUUUGGACUAUGGUUGGACGGUGAUCUGUACCAAGGCAGAACGCAAUCUUGCAGCACGUACGGAAACGAGCCGCUGGCACCGCGCGAGGAUUUCGUAGUGAAAACACUGGAAUGUUGGGCGUUUAUAUAGGAUACGGCCUCCUCGUACACGUUGUCCAGGACUACUCCCUCGCCGCAGCCUAAUUUGACCUGAACUCGAUAGUCCCGUGAAGGUUUAUCGUACCCAGGAGAGAUCACAGGAAGACUACAAUUUCUAAGAGACAUUACCAGAGGAGAUUAAUUCGAUUAACGAGUUUACCUACCUACCGGCUGACUCGAUCCACUACUGAUACAUUCUAACGGACCGAGGAACAGGGAACUGUCAGUGUAUAGAGACGAAUGGAAGAGUUGUGAUUCUGUUCGAUAAACGAAUCCCCGAAAAGGAAGGGGAACGCUUGAAGAUGAAGAAAACAAUGGCGACGAUGUGAUGUUGCAACGUCAAGCCAGAACCUUGACCCACGGACUAUUAUAUAAUUAUCGAUUAUCGUUUAGCUGUCCUAUUUGUUUUUCUAUUUUAAGUUGGCGUAUUUAUUUUAUUUUUUUAUAUAUAUAUAUACACACACACACACGCAUAUAAACGCGUUUCCGUUGAAUGAGUCGUUUAGAAAUUUGAUUUAAAGAUUGCGUGUCGUUUCAAGAUUAUUAAAAGGAUCGACGACGACGAUCGUGUAUAAAGUGUAUUCGUUGGGCCCGAAGGUCGUCGUUUCGAACUAGUCGCGUGAAUCACGAUCGUCGACGAUCGGUGUGAUCGCAAACAAAACUGAGAGAAUGUGUAAGCGUGAAUGGAUCGGACGAGCUUGAUAGAACGACGAUGAAAGAGAGAUGUGAUAAGUAUGCGGUAAUUAGGAAAUUAUGUUCAGAAUCGGGAUGAUGAUGAUAACUACGAAGAUGAUAGAAAAAUAAAACACGACACCAUGAGAAAUGUUUAAGCUAACCGUUUGUUGAUGUGUAGAUAAUUGUAGAUAGUCAAUGUAAAUAUAUGUAUUACCAAUCGUGUUAACGGUACAGUUAACUUUACAGGAGCAGCAUAUUUCGAAGAAAAAAACAUAAAACGUUGCUAAAAUACCACCUGUGUAGCUCGUCUCACGUAUAUCCUAAAAGGACACACGCCGGCUACAUAUACACCGUGUACACAAUUAUACAGAUACAAGCAAAACACUGAAUGAUACUCUGGAAGCGUGAUCGCAGAGCCUGAUGUAAACGAUCCAAGAUCUGAGAACAAGUAAGCUUUAGACAAAAAAUAGAGUUCGUACUGAUCUUUUACGCUGUUACGUGAACAAAGAGCAGACCGUGUAAGAAUUUGCGAUUAAACUGUCAGCGAUGGCUGAUAUUCUUUGAUAAACGGUAACAAACGUGCUUCUCGAGUCUCGAGUGACCACAACGAACACACACGCCUGUGCCUCGCUUCGCUCUCUUUCUCUCCCUACGCUAGAACACGGUACAAUCCCAGCUGUAGAAGUUUUAUGUGUAAUCAGAGCCGAGUGAAAGCACAGCCACUUCUCUUUUUUUGUAGAUGAAUGAACCCUCUAUGGGAUUUGUGCUCGAUGUAUUCUUAUAUUUUGUUUCAGUAUUAAUUAAUUGAUGGACGGAUAAAUAAGGAAGAAAUCAUUUCUCGCGUAAAGAGAAAAAGCAAUUCCUUUCUGUUUUCUAUAUCGUGCAAUGAUACAUUUCACUCGGUUCUGACUACCGCGAUAAAACGACUAAUUCACACACGACCACGAGACUGUUCACGAGCUUAUAGUCUCUAUAUUGUAUUAGGAUCAAUUGAUUGUGUCACCCACCGUUUCUACCGCUUUGUAAACACAAAUUUCCGUUGUUGAACGUAAAGGGAGUAGCCUAGCGUCGAGGGAUUGUACACUUGUUUAGUAGAACGAUCGCUACCUAGGAAAAGAAGUUUUGAUAAUCGAUUUUAUAAAUUGAUUUUUCCCUUGAGAACGAUUUUCUAAUGGCUCCACAACGAGAUGUUACGUCGAGAAGAAAAAAAAAACGAAAGAUGAACGCCCUUUUAUACCGUAGCAAAUAUACCGUUGACAUUCCUUCCAUUUUACUAGGAACAGUUUCUAACUUGUGUCGUUUCUACGAUUUUCGAUCUUCGGUAUUUCUAGAGCUGCUUUUUUUUUUAAAUUUGUGACGUUAAUCAAAAAUUUGUGCGUUCACGAAAUCGAUAUUAACUGGGGUAACGUUUGAAAAAAAAAAAGCAGCGCAAUAAUACGGGCGACGGUUUGAAGAAUUACUAAGACUGUGAAAUCGACCGAGAGAAUCGUAGAUUUUAACGAGACAAGUGUAUCCGGUGCACUGGUUACGAAACGCACUCACAAAAAAUAAAAAUACGAAAAAGAAACAUUGUCGGAUAGUAGCAAAAUUCCAUGGAGCACGGUUUCAAACAGAAAAAGAAAAAGAGUGAAGGAAAGCACAAAAUGUAUUUAAACGUAGCUUACUACCGGCUUGUUUAGAUUAGUUUCGAGUACGUUCAUACACCGAAUGCGGCGCGUAUCGAUCGUAGCGUUGUCUCUGGCUUUAAAUUAGGCGUUUAGGCGUACUCUUGUGAUACUAACGUGGUAAAGAAACUUCUAACAAACGUAUCGAGUCGCUUCUAACACGUGUCACUCGGUAACGGUGCUUAUCCUUUCGCGGUAGAACGGUUCAACACAAACUGAGUCGUGGAAUCUCGAUUGAAAAAGACAAGACAAUACAAAUUCGAAUAAAAAAGGGAUAGAAAAGCGAAGUGCUUGACCGUGGCGAUUUUAUUUUCUUUUCCGUUUUUGAGAAAUGGAUUCGCAAUCCUCGCCUUCGUGCUGAUGAUCACGGUAUAAAUGUAUAUUAUAACGAAAUAAAAAAAAAAAAAUUAUGUGUGUCUGAUAAAACACUUUUUCGUUUGGUUUUUUGUUUUUGUUUAUGUUCUCUUUUGUGUUUACCGCGAUUAUCUUCCAAAGUUUUAGAAAUGCGAUCUCUUUACGUCUGUGAGCGCUGUAUCACGAAUUCUACGAACUCGUUGUCGAUGGAAAUAUCGAGAGAGGUUUUCUUUUAACUGUAAAUAUCGUGACAAUGUAUAGUGUCGUCGUACUCUCGUCAACUGGCUGGAACGGUUCUUUUUCUUCUUCUGAAUGAAGCGUAUUCCAUACCAAAACGUAGGAACAUUUCCAGCACACUAGGUGUCAUCUAAUCUAAAAUAUAUGCAACUGCCUCCACAAAGAAAUUGUAGACGUAUAUUAAGCGUGUCAUACGAAAUCGGUAAGAGAUUUUAAUCGUAACUAACGACGAUACAUUUUCCUGUACGAUCAAUUGCGACAUAUUAUGCGCGAGCUCGAACGCUGCACGUUACCUGACGAUCUUCGACGCUCCGAUUUGCAAUGGCAAGACCGUUGUACGAAUGAAUUUGUCUUGCCAAGCGUUUCGCGAGACGCUGCAAAGGUUUUGAGCAGCCAAGAUCGAUGACACUUUCCAAUGUACGUAUCGAACUAUGCGAAGAUGAUUCUCCAAACUGUUGAAGGAUGGUAACCUUUUGCUGUCAGACUUCCUUAUCGGUUAAUCGAAGCAAUACUUUUGUUUUACGUUAUUUCGUCUAACCAUAUCUUUCCGAUAACAUAUCUAAUCUUCGAGCAUUUAAAGUCAUUAAAAACUAGAAAUUUCUGUUCACCGGUAACAGUUCGUAUAGAUCAAGUGUAUUUCGUUGUAAAUACACAAUACAGAUACUACAGUGGUAUCGAUGAACCUGACAGUCAAGGGAUUCGAAUCGUCGAUGACCCAUUUCUAACAGAGAAUCAAUUGCUCCUCGAUUGUGAAAAAGGAAAAUUGUAGUACGCUCAUCUAUCUUGGACAAGUUGGAAUUAGUUAUCCGUUAAACAUAGAAACAAUCAAUAUAAGCGUAUAGCUUUCAGCGUUCGUGUACGAAAUGUAGUAGGAGUUAGAGGAAGUAAGAAUCUCUGCUAAAAGCAAAGUAAGCUCACGCGAAAAAAAAUUAAUGUAAUCGCAAAGUAUAUGUAUAUUCAUAGUUACUUAGUGGACGUUAACGUACUAACACAAAAAAAAAAAAAUGAAAAAAAAAACAAUGAA